AGAACAAGUUGGGAAAACCCAGUUCCCCCUUAGAAGGCUUCAUGUAGAAGUGUGGGGAUCCUAGGAAUCCUCAGAGAGUGAUUCCUGUAGUGGUUCUACAGCAUUUCACCCAAGAAGCAGGGACCUGGUGUGACCCUCGUGUGAGAGUGAGCUUCAGCAAUGCUGUAAAAAUACUUUAUGUUGCCACAGACAUCUGAAUUGGUAAAAUGGCAGCCCAUGAAGCUUCCCAUCACCAACAGCAGGCAGCACAGAACAGCUUGCUGCCCCUCCUGAGCUCUGCCGUGGAGCCCCCUGAUCAGAAACCAUUGCUUCCAAUACCAAUAACUCAGAAACCUCAGGGUGCACCAGAAACAUUAAAGGAUGCCAUUGGGAUUAAAAAAGAAAAACCCAAAACUUCAUUUGUGUGCACUUACUGCAGUAAAGCUUUCAGGGACAGCUAUCACCUGAGGCGCCACGAAUCCUGCCACACAGGGAUCAAGUUGGUGUCCCGGCCAAAGAAAACCCCCACCACGGUGGUUCCCCUUAUCUCUACCAUCGCUGGGGACAGCAGCCGAACUUCGUUGGUCUCGACCAUUGCUGGCAUCUUGUCAACAGUCACUACAUCUUCCUCGGGCACCAACCCCAGUAGCAGUGCCAGCACCACAGCUAUGCCAGUGACCCAGUCUGUCAAGAAACCCAGUAAGCCUGUCAAGAAGAACCAUGCUUGUGAGAUGUGUGGGAAGGCCUUCCGAGAUGUGUACCAUCUCAAUCGGCACAAGCUCUCCCAUUCAGAUGAGAAGCCCUUCGAGUGUCCUAUUUGUAAUCAGCGCUUCAAGAGGAAGGACCGGAUGACUUACCAUGUGAGGUCUCAUGAAGGAGGCAUCACCAAACCCUAUACUUGCAGUGUUUGUGGGAAAGGCUUCUCAAGGCCUGACCACUUAAGCUGUCAUGUAAAACAUGUCCAUUCAACAGAAAGACCCUUCAAAUGCCAAUUUUCCUCCCUCAUGCAGACGUGCACUGCUGCCUUUGCCACCAAAGACAGACUGCGGACACACAUGGUGCGCCACGAAGGCAAGGUAUCAUGUAACAUCUGUGGGAAGCUCCUGAGUGCAGCAUACAUCACCAGCCACUUAAAGACUCAUGGGCAGAGCCAAAGUAUCAACUGUAAUACAUGUAAACAAGGCAUCAGUAAAACAUGCAUGAGUGAAGAGACCAGUAACCAAAAGCAGCAGCAGCAGCAGCAGCAGCAACAACAACAACAACAACAUGUGACAAGCUGGCCAGGGAAGCAGGUAGAAACACUGAGACUGUGGGAAGAAGCUGUUAAAGCAAGGAAGAAAGAAGCUGCUAACCUGUGCCAAACCUCCACGGCUGCUACGACACCUGUGACUCUCACUACUCCAUUCAAUAUAACAUCCUCUGUGUCGUCUGGGACUAUGUCAAACCCAGUCACAGUGGCAGCUGCAAUGAGCAUGAGAAGUCCAGUAAAUGUUUCAAGUGCAGUUAACAUAACCAGCCCAAUGAACAUAGGACAUCCUGUAACUAUAACCAGUCCAUUAUCCAUGACUUCUCCUUUAACACUCACUACCCCGGUCAACCUCCCCACCCCCGUCACUGCCCCAGUGAAUAUAGCACACCCUGUCACCAUCACAUCUCCAAUGAAUCUACCCACACCUAUGACGUUAGCCGCCCCUCUCAAUAUAGCAAUGAGACCUGUAGAGAGCAUGCCUUUCUUGCCCCAAGCUUUGCCUACAUCACCGCCUUGGUAAACAGUAUUAUAAAAUCAAAAUAUGGGUAAAAGUAAAUAUUUACCAGCAACUUAACUUUUAGUUGAUUAAAGCAAAAAGUAAACCAUGAAAUUGGGAGAUUUUAUUACAUUAGUUAAUAAGAGUGUGGUAGCAUUUUUCUCCAAUUUGGCUGGGAUUAUUCAAAGUAGGGUGUGUAUGUAACUUAUCACUGGACCACUUUAAUCAGAAAUUCCUUUUAGCUGACAACAUUGCUUAAACAGGAUAGUAGUUGGCAAGAUAAAAUGCCAGAAUUAAAACCAAUCAUAAGUAGAACCCACUUCAAAAAAAAAAAAAAAAAACAGCAUUACUAUUUCUAAUCCCAAGGAAUCACUUUAUUGUAAACACUAGCAGAACUCUUCUCCCUAUACAAGGUGGAUGGCUGAUUUUAACCUGAAAUUUUAAAUCCACAGAUUGAGAGCUAGUGUAGAAUUGUCUGUGUUUAUUGUUUUUAUGAGUAAAUACAUGCAUUGUCAUAAUAAAAUGCAUUUCAGAGAAUAUGCAUUUUACCUUUGGGAAUAUGUUAAUUUCAGGCAGCAUUCCCUAUGGGAAAGGUGAUACCAGCUCUGAUAUGCAAAGCAUAUGAUAAUUUAUCAUUCUAACUUCAACAUAUAAUAGGGAUUGUGACCUGAUAUUUGGAGAUGUAAAUAUUGCUCAGCAUAUUAAUCCCGAUGGAAUAUAGCAUUGUAGUUGACUUUUUAAAAAAAAAAAAAAAAUUAAAAAAAAAAUCUACAAAUUGUGUUUUGCUAAGAAAAGCCUCAACUGACAGAGGAGAAGUCAAGUGUGUGGACAGGCAGGCUCCUAAGAAACAGAGUCCAGUGGGAAUCCUGUUUAGGAGCCAAGGAGUACUUUGGAACAGUUCAAAUAUAUUGCUUUAAAUUGGAAGACGCUAGAGGCACUGGGAUGUGAUAUGCCCCUCUCUCUCCCAAUCAGAGCCUGUUGAUAUUACAACAGGGACAGAUGUGUUAGUUGCUCACUAGAGUUUAUGUCUUAUAUUAAAUUGUAUACAGUUUUUAUUCUAACCACUAACUAGGUAGUAUAUGCCCCUUCAGAACAUGCAGAGUGUAUCUUCUUUUAAAUUUCUCCUUCCGUUUCUUAAGUAUUGCGCAGAUUUGUUCAACUUGUAAAUAUGGACAUCACUUUUUUUUCUUUGAGAAAACACUUGUAUCAGCUUUGUGGUGUUUUCAGGGAGACAGCUGUCUGCAUUCCCUGUAGAAACCCAGCAAUGAUUAUGCACGUUGAGACAUGUGCUUUUUAUUUCUUAGCAGGAUAUUUUAUCUCUGUACAUAAAGUAGAAACCAAAAGCUAGGGAAACAGAUACUCUUUACACCGUCAUGCCACACAUUGUUUUUAAAGCAUUGCGUUAAAAAAAAAAGUUAACCAAGACGCUGUGAUUUUUUUUAAGUUGCAGUAUGUUUUUGGUUUUUUUCGUUUUUUAAUCAUUGCAGUUAAGAGAAAUGGAAAUUAGUCGUGUUAAUCUUGCAGAAUGUUUGCAGGACUGACUAUCAAACUGGAUGAUUUCCGUUUAUACCCUACUGUGUCAGUUCAAGCAUCAAAAUACUUUGCGUCUGAGACAGACUUCCUACAUCAGGGACAGGUAUCUGUGUGUCAUUAUACAAAACAGUUCUAGGGGGUCGAACUACAUAGUAAAAAAAUAAAAUAAAUAGUACUUAGUGUAAAAUAAUUUUAUAAAUGAUCUUUUGUACUUUAGGACAUUAAAUUGUACAACUUUUGUAUAUAUAAAAGCUUAGGAACUUUCUGUUUAGCAGGAAGGCAACACAUUCCUACACUUUUAAUGUAUAUGUUUGUUAUAAUGUCCAUGUAAACAUGCCCUAUGUUUGUGCCUUUUAAUUAGUUUGUCUCAAUAAACAAAAUGUAGAGAAAAAUAUGUAGCUAUGACUUUGUUACAACUGUUCUUAUCCACAGUACAAAAAUGGUUUGUUUUUAAUAUGUAGAGCAUUAUGUGUGGACUACUGGAAGGACUCGUGUAGGGAAAGCCCAAGAAUGACCCUGCUGAGGCCUGGAUUGGGAGGCACAGUGGCCACAUUUGGAGGAAGUUCACAUUUCCUGGCAUGCAGACCCAAAACUGGGUUCUGGCUCUGCCUGCUGGGAUCUGUUAUCUGGUGGGCUGGCAGUCAUAAUUCACGAUUCAGACAGCCCAGGCUUCCUCCACAGUGGUCCAAGGAGCAGUCCUCAGAGGGGGCAGGUGUGGGCCCUACCCCUAAGCUAGAAUGUGGUUGUCAGAACCCUGAAAGUAUUAGUUCUAAAAAAAAAAAAAAAAAAAGAUAUAUACUAGAAAUAAUUGUUUUAUCAAUUCAUUGUAUAAUAAACAGGAGUGAGACUUCAUUGUAUGACUUCAGUUAAAAUACUAUUUUGUAUGCAUUCUUUAUUCACUUAAGAAGCUUGUCUGCAAUAAUAAAGCCACGUCAUGUCUUCUUUUGGGAGGGAGAGAGUCGAUGGCAGGAGGGGGUUGUGGGUUGGCCACUGAAAAGGGGGACCGAAUAGGUUGUGUGAUGAAAUUCUCCUGUGUCUUGGAACUGGAAUUGAGUUUCGAUGUUGAUGAACUGAUUCAACCAGGUGUUGAAGGCACGACGGCCACUGCUCUACGAAAAGGCAGAGUAUGUUUUUCCCUUCUGGUUGUAACCUGGUUGAGAGCUUCCCCUUUAUCAGAUUGGCAGCUAAACAGUUGUAUUAGAUAAUCCUUAAAUCUGACAUCCAGCCUGUUACGCUCUAGGGCUCGCUGCUUGGCCUGCGUUUGCUUUUUAUUGUGUAUCCGUUCCCCUCCUACAGUGUGCUCCUAAAUGAAGGUUUCUAUGUAAGCAGAUGAUGAUUUUACCUGUCAAUACCAGCACUGUAUUACUAACAUGCAAAAUACUGCAGAUUUAUUUUGAAAAUUAAAGUUAACCGGUCACAAAUGUUA